AUGGCCAUGAAAACAACUGGCUCAAAGAAAUACCUCCAGCUGCUCCUUUUUCAGGUUGCCCUUCUAGGGCCUGUCUUCUGUGGGAAGGUACUGGUUUGGCCAACAGAAGGCAGCCACUGGCUGAACAUGAAUGUAAUGGUACAGGAGCUCAUCCGCCGUGGGCACAGCUUUACCAUCCUGGUAGCCAAUGCUAGCCUCUUCAUUGAACCCAGGCCUAAGACCACGGAGAAGUUUGAGAUCUAUAACGUGCCCUAUGGGAAAGAUUUACCUGAGACCCUGCUUAAUGAUAUAGUGGACCUAUGGCUCAACCACAGGCCAACCAUCUUGACCUUCUGGCGGUUUUACAAGGAGCUGGGAAGACUGUCCAUAGGCUGGCAGGAGAUGAACAAGAUGAUGUGUGACGCAGUGCUGAACAACCAAGAGCUGAUGGAUCGUCUGCAGGGCUCUGGCUUUGACCUGCUGCUCUCAGAUGCCGUGACCCCCUGUGGGGAGCUCCUGGCUCUCAAGCUGGGCAUUCCCUUUGUCUACUCGCUACGUUUCUCCCCAGCCUUCACUCUGGAAAGGCACUGUGGCAAGAUCCCAGCCCCACCAUCCUACACGCCUGCAGCCCUCUCUGAGCUCACUGACCGCAUGUCUUUUGGGGAGAGAGUAAAAAACUUUGUUUCUUACCACCUGCAAGACUAUGUUUUCCGGAGCUACUGGGGACAUUGGGAUACCUACUACAGCAAGGUCUUAGGAAGGCCCACAACCCUGUGUGAGACGAUGGGGAAAGCAGAGAUUUGGUUAAUCAGAACAUACUGGGAUUUUGAAUUUCCACGUCCUUUCCUGCCCAACUUUGAGUUUGUUGGAGGACUUCAUUGCCAGCCUGCAAAACCAUUACCAAAGGAAAUGGAAGAAUUUGUUCAGAGCUCAGGGGAACACGGCGUCAUCGUAUUCACUCUUGGGUCAAUGGUCCACAGCCUAAGUGAUGAAAAAAGUAAUGUGAUUGCCAAAGCCCUCAGCCAGCUUCCACAGAAGGUCCUCUGGCGGUACAAAGGGAAAAAACCAGAAACUCUGGGCUCCAACACCAGGAUUUUUGACUGGAUACCACAAAAUGACCUGCUUGGCCAUCCUUUGACAAAGGCCUUUAUUACACAUGGUGGGACCAAUGGGCUCUAUGAAGCCAUCUACCACGGGAUCCCAAUGGUUGGGAUUCCCAUGUUUGCUGACCAGCAUGACAACCUUGCUCACAUGGUAGCAAAAGGAGCUGCAGUUCAGGUGGACUUCAACACAAUGAAGACACAGGAUCUGGUUGAUGCCCUGAAGACAGUAAUUUACAAUUCCACCUAUAAGGAAAAUGCUCUAAAGUUAUCCAAGAUACAGCAUGACCAGCCUGUUAAGCCUCUGGACAGAGCUGUCUUCUGGAUUGAAUUUGUCAUGCGUCACAAAGGAGCAAAGCACUUGAGAUCAGCUGCUCACCAUCUCACCUGGUACCAGUACCACUCUCUGGAUGUUCUGGCAUUCUUGUUCACCUGUACAGCCACUAUUGUCUUCAUUCUUUUCAAGUGCUGCCUAUGUUGCUGUAGAAGAUGUGGCAGGAUUGCAAAGAGGAAGACAGAAUAG